AUGCGUGCUGUAAUCGUUAAAUCACCAGGUGAUGCUUCUCAACUUUAUUUGGGUGACUAUGACCAACCUGUUCCCAAAGACCAUGAAGUCUUGGUGAAGGUCAAAUGCUUUGCUUUGAACCGUAUGGACCUUCUUCAAAGAGAAGGCAAAUACCCUGUUCCUCCUGGUGCUAGUCCAAUUUUGGGUGUCGAAGUGUCUGGUAUCAUUGAACGUGUUGGGAAAGAUGUCUCUAAUUUUAAACCCGGCGAUGCUGUGUUUGGUUUAAUGCCUGGUGGUGGUUAUGCUCAAUAUGCUGUUCUUCAUGAAUCCUUGACAAUGCAUAAACCAGAUGCUCUUUCUUUUGAAGAAGCUGCUGCUAUCCCUGAAACUUGGUUUACUGCUUACCAGGCCUUGUUUUUUGUUGGACAGUUAAAGAAAGGACAAGAUGUCCUUAUUCAUGCAGGUGCUUCAGGUGUUGGUAUUGCUGCUAUUCAAUUAGCCAAAGAAGCGGGAGCAAACCGUAUCUUUGUCACUGUAGGUUCUGAUGACAAGGUCAAGUUCUGCCAAAGCAUUGGUGCUACAAAGGCCAUCAAUUACAAGACAGAAAACUGGUCUGAUGUUAUCUUGAAUGAAACCUCUAAAAAGGGUGUUGAUGUCUUGAUUGACUUUAUUGGUAAAGACUAUUGGAACCAAAACAUUCAAGUCUUAGGUCUUGAUGGCCAUAUGGUUAUUCUUGCCUUUAUGAGUGGUACUGUGAUUGAAAAGUUUGAUAUCUCUGUGAUGCUUCGCAAGAGAAUCAAGAUUGAAGGCUCUAAUUUACGUGCUCGUUCAGUUGAAUAUCAAACCAAGUUACGUGAUGCCAUCUAUGAACAUGCUGUGUCAAAGCACUUUGCCAAGAAACAAGACGCUGCCCUCAAGAUCUUUAUCGACAAAAUCUUCAACUGGGAAGAUAUUAUCGAUGCUCAUAAAUACCUUGAAAGUAAUCAAUCAAUGGGCAAAAUUGUCAUCAAAGUAACAGAACAUCAGUAA